AUGUUCCAGCUUCAAUUGACUGUUCCAGUUGCUACUGUUAUCACAAGUUUUUAUAAUACCUACAAGAAAAGAAUAUCCAGGACUACUGUGCAGACAGUGCAGGAUUCGGCACUUCCACAAUCGUUAACUGGAACUGAUGUGGAUAAGGCCCUGCAAUACCUUAGAUUUAAGGAGCACAACCAUGUUGUCCUCCAACAACACCGUGAGAAUGGGCCACCUGUCUCAAACAGGAAAACAAUUGGUCUCACAAGCAUAGGAGACUCUGAAAUGAAGGAGAAUUUACUGAAUAUGCAAAACGCAGAACAAAGGAACAGUUGGAUUUCGGUUCUGGCGGACAUCAGACAAGCGGCAGACUUGUCGUCGUCCAAACCGAUUGACAACUUUGUGGCCCAUCAAGCCAUCAUUGCCAACCAGCCGUGUGUUGAAGUUGCUCUCUUGGACACCAUUCAUUGGAAACUCCUUGAUAGAAGCAGUUCGACACGUCCGAUCGGACACACGGACAAAUGUCCGUUCGGUCCGUUUAUUCGGGGGAUUCCUAUGAGUCGGUUUUUGCAGGGAAUCUGA